AUGUCGUCCACGUUAGUAAACGUUGGUAGUCCUGAUUGGACUCCGAUUUAUUUUGCUGAAGAUUGUCGCCCGUUACCAAACUUGCCGGCACAAGAAAAUAUUAAGAAGAAAAGAGGAAUUUCAAAAUCCAGGAAGAGUGCACAGAAUUUGGACAAGAAGUUGAAGAUGGCGUCAACAUCUUUCGUUAAAGUGAAGCAUGAAAAAGAAGGACGACAGCUCAUAAAAAUAAAGAUUUUUGACUUGACUACUUCUCCGGAGGCGAUCGAGGAUGAUUCAAGAGACGGAGAUCCUAGCAUUCCCUCGACUGGACCUGGGGUGUGUACAUGGUCCUUCGAGCCGGAUAAGGUGUGCCAGACCUCAUCCGGAUGGGAAAGUCGUUCUGACGGUGACGCGAAUUUUGGAGCACUAAGGCGGUGUGUGGUGCACUGGAGGUGCCUAUCUGGUGGUGCCUGUCUGGAGGAGCAGCACCCUGAGGAGUUGGAGCUGCUGCAGCAGGGGUCCGAGCUUGGUGGCGAAUCCGGCUUUGGACUUCGGGACGGUGCUGGUGCUGAUGCUGGUGAGGAGGUGCCGUCAGGAGCCAGUUCAGAGAACGCGCAGUCUAAUGUUGUUAAGGUUGAGUCAGAGGGAAAAGAUAGUCCACCAAAGGGGCCUUAUGAGGCAGGUAAUGUAAAACAAGUAUUGUUAGCGACGGCGCUAAUCAAUACUGAGUCGAGAAAUGGGAACAACUACAUGUUGAGAGCCUUAUUAGAUCAAGGCUCUCAAGGAAACUUCGUUACAGAAUCGGCUGUAAAUGAUUUGAAAUUGAGAAAAACACCAAUUCAUGGUAAGAUUUUGGGAGUGGGUGGAGAUAAAGGAUUAGUCUCAAAAGCGAAAGUGACCAUAAAGGUUAAAUCUAGGUUAGACCCUAAUUGGAGUGUCACAGUGAAUGCGUACGUUCUGAAAUCUAUUACUUCUUUCCUCCCUAGUAGGAAAAUAGAUCAAUUAGAUUACUCAGAAUUCCAAGGCAUAGAACUUGCUGACCCAGAAUACAACCGACCCAAUAAAAUAGACAUAUUAUUGGGUGCGGAAGUAUUUAGUCAGAUAAUCCAAGAAGGUAUACGAAAGGGAUCAAACGGAACGCUCCUUGCUCAAUCCACGAGCUUGGGUUGGAUUUUAUCGGGAACGGUGAAACUACCAAAUUAUCAAAACGCAGAAACAUUAUCGUUGCAUUGCCAGUUACAAGAAAGCGAUGAACUGUUGAAAAAGUUUUGGGAGUUGGAAAAUAGCAUGAAUCUCACAAAGGAACAAAAGUACACAGAAGAAGAAAGAAAAUGUGAAGAAUUUUAUGUUAAAACAACUACUAGAGAUAAAGAAGGAAGGUACAUCGUGAAAUUGCCUUUUAAGACAGAAAACCCAGAGUGCAAAAGAGGAGAGACGAGAAGUAUAGCUGUGCAAAGAUUAAAAGGGCUGGAAAAAAGAUUCGAAAAAGAUAACAAAUUCAAAGAAAGUUAUAAGGCUGUAAUAAAUGAGUAUUUGGAAAUGGGACACAUGUUCGAAGUACUGGAACCAGACUUGGAAAGAGAAGAAUCAGUAUAUUUACCACACCAUGCAGUUGUUCGAGAGGACAAGGAUACUACUAAGCUCAGAGUAGUAUCUAAUGCCUCUCAGGUAAGAAAAAAUGGGGUAUCACUGAAUGAAAACCUCAUGGUGGGACCAACCAUUCAGCCAGACUUGAGACAUUUAGUGAUGAAGUGGAGACUGUCGUACAUUUGUCUUACAGCAGAUAUUGUUAAAAUGUACCGGCAAAUAAAGGUACACGAAGAUGACACUAACUUUCAAAGAUUGGUAUGGAGAAAUAACCCUAAUGAGGCAAUCAAAGAUUUCAAACUUGUUAGAGUGACUUUCGGUACUGCUUCAGCUCCAUUUUUAGUAGUUCGAACGCUUCAACAAGUGGCAAAGGAUGAAGGUCUUAAUUAUCCUUUAGCUGUGGAUAAAGUUAGAGAAAACUUCUACAUGGAUGACAUGAUGAGCGGUUGUGAAUCUGUAGCAGAAGGAAUAGAAUUAUAUACACAAAUGAAAAGUUUACUAAAUAAAGCGGGAUUCAGAUUACAGAAGUGGGCGAGUAAUGACGAAGAAUUGUUAAAAAUGAUUAAGAGCAGGGAAAAUGAACAGGAAAACGGGAAGGAAAAAGAGGAAUGUAAGGAUGGGAUAACAAUAAAAAUGGAUGAAGUAAUAAAAUUUUUGGGACUUACCUGGGAACGGCACAGUGAUCAUUUCCGAUAUAAAGUUGAUCUUCCAGAACUACUACCACCUAUUACUAAAAGAAAAAUAAUAGCAGAUAUAUCACGCCUAUUCGAUCCCUUAGGCUGGGUUACACCAUGUAUAAUCAUAGCAAAGGUGUUGAUACAAAAGCUGUGGAUAGCGGGGAUUGAUUGGGAUGAUGAAGCACCUAGUAAAAUACUGCAGGAAUGGUGUACUUACCGGGAAGACCUGAAAAGCAUAAGCGAAGUGAAGAUUCCUAGAUGGCUUGGAACGAGAUUAAAUGACGUCAAGAGGGAACUCCAUGGGUUCUGCGACGCCUCGAAGGUAGCAUACGCCGCUGUGGUAUACAUCCGAACUAUUGAUGCGGAAGGGAAUAUCCAUGUGUCGUUGGUAACAGCAAAAUCUAAAGUGGCACCUAUCAAACAAGUGUCUAUACCAAGGCUGGAAUUAUGCGGAGCUGUAGAGCUUACACGAUUAAUGCUGGAGACGUCUAAGGUUCUAAAUAUUGAACAUACAAACCUGCAUGCAUGGACGGAUUCCACAAUAGUUUUAGCCUGGUUAAACAGCUUGCCCAGCCGAUGGAAGGUAUUUGUAGCCAAUCGCGUCUCUGAAAUACUUACCAACUUAAAUCCUAAUCAGUGGUCACACGUAAGUACUCAGGAAAAUCCAGCAGACUACGCAUCCAGGGGAGUUACACCUUCAGAGCUGAAAAAUAAAUCACUGUGGUUAAAUGGUCCGGAGUUUUUGAUUACUAAAACUAUAAAUUACAAAAAACCUACAGAAUUAACAACCGAAAUAGAAGCCAUCAAAGUUCACAACAUAACAACUGAAGAAGAUUUCUUCGAAAGAUUUUCGAAACUGAGAAAAUUAAUAAGAGUAACAGCAUACCGUCGAAGAUUUUUACAAAUGAAGAAACCGAAAUCUGAAAGAAAAGACAAUGAGUAUUUAACUACAAAGGAAAUGGAAAAGGCGUUAGAAGUUUGCAUAAUAAGAGAUCAAAAAAUUAAAUUUGAAGAAGAAAUUGAAGCUAUAAAAAGAAUAUUCCAAUUAAAAACAAUUCAUUAA